AUGAAGUGGGUUUAUACCACAAACAGCCCCAAUGGAACCGCUGGAAAGACGUUUAAGGUUCACCUGCAGCUCUGGGACACGGCGGGACAGGAGAGGUUCAGGAGUUUGACCACGGCAUUCUUCAGGGAUGCGAUGGGUUUCUUGCUCAUGUUCGAUCUGACGAGCCAGCAGAGCUUCCUCAACGUCAGGAACUGGAUGAGUCAGCUCCAGGCUAAUGCGUAUUGUGAGAAUCCAGAUAUUGUUCUUGUGGGUAAUAAAGCCGAUCUGAACGACCAGAGAGAAGUCCAGGAGAAACAAGCGAAGGAACUAGCAGACAAAUACGGAAUUCCCUACUUCGAGACGAGUGCGGCGACCGGCGCGGAGGUGGAGAAGUCCGUGGUGACGCUGCUGGAUCUGGUGAUGAAGAGGAUGGAGCAGUGUGUGGACAAACCUGCGGCGGACACACACAACACUGACGGCAGCAGCAAACUGGACGCCGCAGCGGCCGACGAGAAGAAGUGUGCGUGUUAAAGCAGCGGGAUCUCAGAGCAUCCUCCUGACCUGCUGUAUUACAGAUGUGUGUGGACACCUCCGAGAGUCUGUGAGAGCUGUGCUGCUGCCUCGCCAUCUUUAACAACCCGUCCAAAUUUAGCCCAGAUUAUUACCGUCAGCAGAUGCAUCUGAAAUAUUCAUAUAGAGGUCUUAGCUCAGAAACUCACACUAAAAACCUGAAUGUACAUAAAAACAGAAAUAUCUGACAUUCAUACACUACCAGGCAGAAGUUUGGAAUAAUUAUGAGUUGUUAGUGUUUCUGAAAAAAGAUCUCUUCUGCUCACCAAAGCUGCAUUUAUUUGGUUAA